AUGGAAAUUUCUAAUGAUACUCCUAUAUCCGAUAUAACCGAUGAUGCUUCAAAUUCUAGCCACUCUAUGACUGCCUUUGAGCCUAAAUCAUCGGAAGAUAAGGAAAUGAACAAUUUUCUAGAUUCAACAUAUAAAGAAAAGGUUAGUAAAGAGAUAAUUCAAAACAUUAAGGAAAAGAAAUUUCGAGAUCAAGAGAAAAUCAUAGCUUCCCAGGAUACUAAAUCUUCUUUGAGUGUAAAAGGUAGGCAGGGGUUGAUCCAAGAAUUAUUUACUUCAGAGCCAUCUCUACAAGAAUCGAAUAUAAUUCAAAACCAUGUGACUGAAAUUUCUGAGAUCGGCGGUCCCAGAAAAUCUAACAUUGAUGAAGCAUCGCAAUACCUAGCUCAGCUAU